AUGGCAAGAAAUCUUGGAAAUCCUGUGGAUUUCAACCGCGAAUGCUUGGAGGCGCACAAUCGGCUCCGCGCACUACACAACAGCCCAGCAUUGACCUUGGACCCUCAACUUUCAGCGGAAUCGCAGAACUGGGCUGAACACUUGGCCUCCAUCGAGCAAAUUAUUCAUAGUGAUUCCACAAAAUAUGGUGAAAAUUUANUUUCCACUGAUAUGACGGGAGCACAAGCAGCUGAUAAAUGGUAUCGCGAAAUCAAAGACCAUGAUUUCACCAAUAAAGGUUUCCAACCGAAAUCAGGACACUUUUCGCAGUUGGUCUGGAAGGAGACGAAACACUGUGGUUUCGGCAAAGCCUACUCACCGGACAAAAAGAAAGUAUUUGUGGUCGGCAGAUAUGAUCCUCCUGGGAACCUUGAUGGAGAAUAUACGAAGAAUGUUUUACCCGCCGUUGCUGGUCCACCCAAAGGAUUUAGUGUGCAAAAGGAUUUCUCCGGAACAACUUCCUACAGCAAGAUAAAUGUGGGUUGAUUUCGUGAGAUUCAUGGUUGUCCGCCGCUUAAAUUGGACACAUCACUGGCGGAAGCUGCACAAUCAUGGGCUGAAAACCUUGUGAAAGCUGGAUGUUUACAGCAUAGCCAGGCAGAAACCUACGGUGAGAACCUGGCUUUUCGCGGAUCUACCGGAAAGGUUCAGUGUUCAGGUGAGCAGAUCACUCAAAUGUGGUACGAAGAAAUCAGAUUGCACGACUAUGACCAUCCUGUGCCACAGCGCUCUGGCCACUUCACCCAGGUCAUUUGGAAGGAGACAACACAUGCUGGUUUCGGUCGAGCUAUCACCAAAGAUGGACACUCGGCGUAUGUGGUCGGUCGGUACACACCACCGGGAAACUAUCAGGGUGAAUACAAACUAAAUGUUCCACCGCCGCAGAAAUCUCGGGUCUAG